AUAAACUUUAGCCAAUCAGACAUCACGUUAUGGAGCAUUAGGGUACGUAGUGGCGGGAAAAGCAAGCGUGACAACAUAGUAAAGUGUGUAGACUUAGUGUUGAGUAGAAGCGAUUUAAAAGGUAAAAGAAAAUGAGUAAGAGAAAAUCUACAGGUUCGGCGGCGAUGUCGGAAGGCGCGUGUUACUCGGAGCUGCAGAGAGUUCUCCGGGAGCGGGUUUAUAAGAUCUCAGCGCCUUGUGACGUAGCCGGAGAGAAUGAUCUGGACAAACCUCGCAGACAUUUAUUAGAUUUGAUCCAGAGAUGUUCAUCUAUGGGGGAGAGCAACUCCGCCCUCAUCAUAGGACCCCGGGGAGCAGGGAAGACUAUGCUGCUGAGUAGUGUCCUGGCAGAGUUAAAGGAAAACAGGGACUUCAGAGACAAUGUGCUGGAGGUGCAUCUGAACGGUUUGUUACAGACAGACGACAGGAUCGCGCUGAAGGAGAUCACCCGACAACUGCAGCUAGAGAACGUGGUGGGGAACAGGGUGUUUGGUUCCUUUGCAGACAACCUUGCUUUCCUGCUGGAAGCACUAAAGAAAGGCAGUAGGGACAGCCAGGCUGUGCUGUUUGUCCUUGAGGAGUUUGACCUUUUUGCCCACCAUAAGAACCAGACGCUGCUGUACAACCUGUUUGACGUGGCUCAGUCACAGCAGGCUCCGAUAACAGUCAUAGGGCUGACCUGUAGGCUGGAUGUAAUCGAGCUGCUUGAGAAGCGCGUGAAGUCCCGUUUCUCCCACCGACAGAUCCACCUCUUCAACUCGCUGACUUUUGACCAGUACCUGCGGGUGUUCAGGUCCCUCCUGGUGCUGCCGGCAGAGUUCAGGGACAAGAAGUUCUGCGGGAAGUGGAACAAACACGUGGAGAGCCUAAGCGAUGACCCAGGGGUGACCUCCAUCCUUAGGAAACUGUACGACACAAGCAAGGACAUUCGGACUCUCAAGAUGUUCUUGAUGUUGCCUGUGGCAAGAAUUUGCCCCUCCCAUCCUAGACUGGAAAUGUCAGACUUUGUCGAGGCCCACAAGAUCCUGACAGCUGACUCUAAAUCCAACACUUUACAUGGCCUGUCAGUGUUAGAGUUGUGUCUAGUUGUGGCCAUGAGGAGACUCAGUGACGUCUUCGUGAACCAACCUUUCAACUUCCAGAUGGUGUAUAAUGAAUACCAGAAGUUUGUCCAGACCAGGUCAUAUGCAGUACAGAGCUUCGACAGGCCGGUGGUGCUCAAGGCUUUUGAACACUUGCAGCAGAUGGAGCUGGUGCGCGCAGCAGAGGGUGCUGGGAUAGGUGGGCGUGGCCAGAAGGAGUUCCGCCCCAUGCUGCUGAUGAUUGACAAGUCUCAGCUGAUGCAGGCCAUACAGAAGUACCCAGCAUGCCCCACAGAGGUCAAACACUGGGCUAAUACACUAUAGUUGUGACCUCUUGACCUUGACCCUAUUACCUGCAGUUUGUAAUGGUGACAUCUUGACCUUGACACCUGCAGAGAUUGUAACUGUGACUCUUGACCUUUAUUGUAACAGGGACCUUAUGA